GGGUGCAGCACCAGCAGAGGAGGAAGCGGAGUUUCCGGCUGUUUGCAGCGGAGGGAGAGGAUUGCUGACGCCGCGAAACCCCGAGAAAAACGCCGCCGGCUCGGGGGCUAAGAGUUUCUAGCAUCUGUAGUGGUCGUUUUCUUUCAUAUCGGGGGAUCUGGGGGCAGGUGAUUCUUUUUACGGGCCCAGGGGGUCGGACAGCAAACCGAGUAGAAGAAGCGGCACAAGGCGGGGGUGAGCCACCAGCUACCGGCAUGGCCAGGGACUACGAUUACCUCUUCAAGCUGCUCAUCAUCGGUGACAGCGGAGUGGGGAAGAGCAGUCUCCUCCUGCGAUUUGCAGACAACACAUUUUCAGGUAGCUAUAUCACCACGAUUGGGGUGGACUUUAAGAUCCGGACGGUGGAGAUCAACGGGGAGAAGGUGAAGCUACAGAUCUGGGAUACAGCAGGGCAGGAGCGCUUUCGCACCAUCACCUCCACAUACUACAGGGGAACACAUGGGGUCAUAGUGGUAUACGACGUCACGAGUGCCGAGUCCUUUGUCAACGUUAAACGAUGGUUACAUGAAAUCAACCAGAACUGUGACGACGUGUGCCGAAUAUUAGUGGGAAACAAGAACGACGACCCCAACUCCAAGGUGGUCGAGACGACUGACGCACAGAAGUUCGCUGAGCAGAUGGGAAUCAACCUGUUUGAGACGAGUGCAAAAGAGAACAUCAACGUUGAAGAGAUGUUCAACUGCAUCACAGAGCUAGUGCUAAGAGCCAAAAAGGAGGUGCUCGCCAAGCAGCAGCAGCAGCAACAGAACGACGUGGUCAAACUCACCCGGAACAGUAAACGAAAGAAAAAGUGCUGCUAGCAAACUCAAGCUAUCCACACAAGGCCGGCGGCGUCUUUUCUUCACACACACACACACAAACACACACAAACACACACACGCACACACAAGUGGGACUCAGAGCGUCUAAAUUAAAUAGCAGAUAAAGAUUUAAUAAAUAUACAGUGAAAGAUAAAAAAAAUGAAUAAAUAAAUGGAGAAAAAAAAAUGUCCCCUUUGGACAAACUAAUCAAGAAGACUUUAAAAAAAAAAAAAAUGUACAGAUUUUAUCAGACGUCAGAUCAAGUUUUAUUUGGAAUUCAGCAGAUGGGCACUAUUGACCUGAGGUCCUCCUUUCUUUAAGGAUCUGCGAGCUGACAACUGACUGCCAUAAUUCUCAGAUUUAUAUCCACAUAAUCCCCGUAUUCUUUCAUCAGUAUCUCAUCUCUCCUUCUCAUUCCACUGCACACGGGACAUUCAGAGUCGAGUCAGACUCUGCGCCUGAGGAGAAGGAGGGUCCACCAGUUUUUUUUCUUUGGAUCUAUUUGUUUUGUUUCUUUCUAGUUUUAUUUUUGGGGGGGCAGAAUGGGGAGGGGGUGGGGCUGUUUUUGGUUGGUCAGGCGGUGGUCUUUGGGAUUGGCGUCUGAGUAAAGGCGGAGGUCUCGACACCUCUCUACAAGUUUCAGCAUUUCAGACACCUGUGUUACCACGGCUCACGCCAACAGAUCAUGAACUGCUAGAUUUUGUUUUAUUUGACUUGAUGGGGAAAAAAAAAAACACAUGGAUGAUGAUGAUGAUGAUGGUGGUGAAGAUGAUGAUGAAGAUGAUUGGUAGACAACCUUUAGCAACUAAUCCGAUGGACAGAACUGGUGACUUUCUCGUGUUUGUUUGUUUUUUUUUUGUUUAUGUUUUGCCAAGCUCCCCCCCCCCCCCCCCCCCCCCAACCCCCAGUAGUGCUGAGCCAACGAUAACUGAUUUUAUUUUGUUCUUUUUUGUCCUUUUGUUCAAGUGCAGCAGAGCAGUUGAACCACUCCUGCAGCUCUCAGACGUUCAGCUCUGACAGCACCGGUCACUGCAGUCUUACUAUGCUUUUAAACCUUUUCCUCCACUUUUUUUUUUUUUUUAAAGAUACUGCCAAUAUAAUAGAAAAGAAAUUAUCAGGAGCUCAGUGGCGCCUCUCAUUGGACUGUUGCCAUAGUGACCCCUGGUCGGCCCAGAGGCAGGGUGAAUGAGGGUCUGAUUGGACCCUGUUGAGUCUCCAAGAAGCGCUAAGGGCUAAGCCCCCUCCCACCCUCCCACCCUCUUAUUCUGUAUCUCUGCAGCACCGGCCUUCUUCCACCCGACACCCACAUAUCAGCACCUCUCACAGCGACGGACUCGCCUCCUGUACUCGGUCACUCACGCUGCACGAGGAGACUCUUACUCUGGAAACUGGCCUCUCUUAGUCAUCGCGGUGACCUCACAUCCAUAGCAGACUCAUUGCCCUUGGUUUCUGAACAUGUAACACUUUGUUUGAAGGGGUAUUUAAAAGGUAAUGCCUGACAUGCAUUUAGACUGUCAAGGAUUUACUGUGUUUCCUGAAUAUUCUCAACAGUUAACUGAUGUUAAAGUCUGAUGUUGUUUUCUGCUCUUCUUUGUCACACCCCCCUACUACCUGUUCAAUUGAAGUGUUACCAGAUAGUGUUUUUUGGCGUCCAUGAUGAGAGUGUGGCAGAAAGUGGGACUGUUAAUGUAAGAACAAAUGUGGAUGAACUGCAGCAGCUGGAACUCAGUGUGUUUGGGCCUGAGCUCCUCUCCCUCUCCACGUGCACCGCUAGGGUUUGUCGCAGAGGCGAAGCAUCACACAAUGUCUAUUACUGACAUAUUUUUUUCUUUAUUUUGAAUUGGGAGAGUAAUAAAUGGAGAGAGAGCCGUAGGUAUUGGCUAAGAUCCUGUUGGAAAUGUUUCGUCUUCACCCUCUGGGCAGACUCUGGCAGGCGGUUUGGGAUCCUGAUAAACGUCGAGAGGUCGCUCUGACCUCCAGGGCCUAGAGAUGGUAUCAAAUCUCACACUUUAUGAUUUCUAUUCAUCAAUGUGUAUGUAUAUAUAAAUAUAUUUGUGUGUUUAUAUUCAAUAUAGAACAUACACACAUAAUUAGCACACCAAACUGCGCAUGUGCAAAACAUGCCCCGUGUGCUAUGGUUGAAACACACUCGUCAGCUGUGGUUUGCUGUACACUGGAGAAAAAGAGAUGUACUAUUCAUUUUUCCCUACAUGAAUUUAAUCAGUAAUAAACAUUUUAAAAGAAUAAAUAUUUGACACAUAAUGACUGAUCUCAUUUGUCAAUGAUUUGAGACUUGGUCUUAACUUCAUUUUGAACCUGUCUUUUUAUUUUUUUCUGUGAAUAAAAUUUUAUGGAAGUGUG